AUGAAUGAGUUGGCUGCAGUCGUCGAGCUGCUACCACGCAUUGUGGGACUACCAACGCCUGGAGAUCCCAGCACGUAUCGAUUAACCACUGAUAAGGCUCGGGAUGUGCGCCAGCAGCUUGUGCGUGAGCUUUUCGCUGCUGUCCCAUACGAGCAUUUCUUCUCAGUGUCCGUUGUUACGUCCAAAGAACAGGCCUUUAAACUGCUCGCCGAGUGUGACUGGAAAUUAUCAGUGGCGCAACAGCGCGCUGAAACAGUCUCGGAGACAUGUGAGGUUGGAAGCUCGGUUCCAUCGCUGCCCGAGUACUCCAAGAACCGGCGGGGCAUGACCUGUGGGCAUGUGUUCCGCAAGGGCGAGCCUAUUUUCCGAUGCCAUGAUUGCUCCUUUGAUGAUACCUGUGUUCAGUGUGCAACGUGUUUUCGCCAUUCCAUUCAUGCGCGCGAGGACCAUGACGUCCUGUUCUCCGUCGCAGACGAAGGUGGCGCAUGCUGUGACUGUGGCGAUGAAGAGGCCUGGAACUGUGAUUUGGGCUGUGAGUUCCACAGCCUACAUCCGUACAACGAGCCUCAACCUCCAGCUAGCUCGAACUCGAGCGAGCAGGACCUCGACGCCAUUCUUGCCCCGAUGCCGUCGGAAGUGCGUGCUUCCUUGUCUGAUUUCGCGGCGCUGCUCUUGGCGUUCGUGCUUGAAACACUGGCUCAUUCACCCAAGCAGACCCCACUGGUCAUGGGACCCGAUGUUGUUGACGGUGUGAAGCGCCAGCCGACCAUGGAGCAUGCGUUUCCGGCGAAGGGCAAAGCACGUCAGGAAGCGCCUGACUCGCCAGAUGUGGAUACGCCACCUCCUCUGUUUGUGGCGCUUUUAUGGAACGACGAAAAGCACAGCUUUAAUGAGGUAUCGGACAAGGUCCUUGAGGUGUGCACAUCCAAGACGGUUAAGGAGGCGCGCCACUUUGCCGAACUGGUCGACCGCCACGGCCGCGAGGUGUUAUCAAUAUCCGACGAUGUCCGGCGCCUUGUACUUAUGGCACGCCGCAUUGGCGUGAUCUAUCUUUUGGUCACGGUGGAGCCGGCGUUUGACUACUUCGUCGAGGAGGUGGCAGGGCAGAUCCUGCAGUUUCUGUUCGACAUGGCAGGCUGUUCCUUCUAUACUGCCCAGGGCGCCUCUGACGGCCGCACACUGAAAGCGCUGCUGACCCAGACGUUCAUGCGUCCGUGGCGGGUGCGGGAAUGGGAAGAAGCGCCAGCGACGAUCCGACGGGAUCUUUUCGAUCCAACGAACCUGUGCAUGCUGGAUGCACUGCUGCUUUUCGACGCCAAGCUGUGGAAAUCUGCGCGCUUCACUGCACGGAACAUGCUGAUGGACCUAAUUGCGUGCCGCGAGGCCAAACGCCAGGUGGCACUCCGUGUCGCAAGCGUAUACCCACGGCUCAUCGAGUCGUUUAUUCUGCAUGACCGCGAGCCAGAGCACUCGCUGUAUCAUUUGACGGUGCAACUGUUUAGUGUGCCCAGUAUUGCCACACAACUUGUGGUAGAGCGCGGCUUCUUGUCGCUGCUGCUAUAUAUCCUUCAAGCGCUCUUCGCCAACGAAAGAGAGGGACGCAUCACGUCGCUCAUUCUGCCUGCAGCCCCGCCCGCUCGGGGGCAGGCGAACCCCGAUACGCCGCUGUUGCGCCAGCAAAAGUGUUAUCAUAUUUUUUAUGAUAUCCGAUAUCUGCUGGCGGCCGCCGAUGUCCAACGCGAUAUCGUGAGGCACUCCGAAACAUACCUAAGCGCUUGGCUCGAGUUCUUUGCGCUCUUCCACUCAAUUGCACCCGACACGCGCGCUGUGCAUGCGCACGUGGAGUUUGAAAGUGAGCUGUGGAUCCAGGUCUUUCACAUCAAUUCGCACCUGGGACGGAUCGCGAAACUGUUGGGCGAGGCCUUUGUGCAUGCCAACGCUGCGCGACUCUGCCAGGCCCUCUCGUACGUGGGCCACACCAUUUUGAUGCAUCUUGAGCGACUGUCAUCGCUGGAUCCCAUCACGCAGCCGCCCCUGGUCAUGCACGAAAUCGACUACGCCGGUCACCGCAUUGAGGUAGUGCCGUUUGUGGUUUCGUCGCAGCCAGUAAGUUUUCACCAUCCGAUGCACUGGCUUUUUGCGGAAAUGCUCAAGCACAUACACCAUGUAACGGAUGCCAGCCUGAUGAUCGAGUCACUGGGCGAGGACCGCCUGCUCAUGCUUGUUGAUCACCCAUUGCGCGUUGCUGUCAAGCUGGCCCAGAUUCGGUGCAAUGUGUGGGUUCGCAACGGUUUCGCGAUUCGCUCGCAGGCAUUCCAUUACCGCGACUCUAUGUGGAUGCGGGAUAUCAUGUACGACCAGGACCUGUUCCUCCAGCAGUGCGCCCUGGCUUUCACUUCGCCCAAGCGCUUCCUAGGGUCACUGUUGGACCGCUUCGAGCUCAUCGACUGGUUUAGCGGUCGUGCCAGUGAUGCGCAUCCCGUGUACGAUGCUGACCAAUGCCUCUUUAUGGCCGAGGAGCUUUUCCUUCUCCUUGCUGUGCUGCUCAACGAAAUCGCCGUCCCAGCGCACUGGUCGAUUGAGGCGCAGGUACGGCGCGAACUUGUACACUACCUGGUUCUUGGCCCUUGCACCUACUCCGAGCUCACUAAGCAAGUGCCCGAGCGUUUCACCGACCACAGCUGCUUUGAUCGCGAGCUCGCACGCGUCGCACACUUCCGCGAGCCCGACGGCUCCGCGGACCAUGGUAUGUAUGAGCUGCGUCCUGCAUUCCUCGCCGAUGUCCAGCCGCUCUUCCACCACUACUCGCGAAACCAGCGUGAAAAAGCGGAGCAAGUGUUAUCGGAGAAGCGCGCAGCUGGGUGCACGCUACCUAUCUACUCGACAAGCCCGCUGAAUGUGUUGGCUCACACGCCUUUCCGCGGCUUGGCCAACAUAUUUCUCUGCCCCGUGUUGCUGGACAUGCUCUUUUAUGCCCUUAAAAAUGCUACGGCCCUGAGAGAGCCCCCUGACACGCUCCUUAUGGUGAUUUUGCACCUCAUUGCGCAAGGCAUCGAGGAGCAUGGCGCAAGCUUCGUGGAGAUGAUGACACAGCGUCGCUCGCAGGACCCCAAAGUUUCAGAUAACCUCCUCGACCUGCUCUUACACAUGAGCCGUCAGCCGACCCUCAAGGCCUACGAGACAAAAUUCUCGCACAUUUUUGACCGAGCCGUGCAGCUGUCGCCCUCGGUCAUGGAGGCCGUGACCCAAGUGCGUGGCCCGCCAGUCGAGGCUCCCGAAGAGGACACGCGCCGCCGACAGGCUGCUCGUGCGCAACAGCAGGCCAUUUUGCAAAAGUUCUCAGCACAGCAGCAGAGCUUGCUGGCCGAGCUUGAUGAUGAACUUAGCGAUGACGACAUGGAUGAAGGUUUUGGCACGUGCAUCUUGUGUCAAGAGCGCCUCGACGGCACGCGGGCGUUUGGAUCACUCGUGCACGUGCAAGAAAGCCGGUUGGUUCGCACCUCGCUGCCGCGGGAGGCGAGCUCAAUUGACGAUGUGCUCGCGACGCCUCUAAACCUGGAUGCAGGCGAUACAGGGCAGCGCGCACGCGGUACAUAUAAGCGUGUACAAGAGGGCGCCCAACUCGGCUAUCCUGCGUCCGCGCAUGUCACAGGCCUCGUCGCCGUCACAUGCGGGCAUGGCAUGCAUGUUUCGUGCUUCCACACGUAUUUGCAGAGCACAGAGCAGCGGCAUGCCCUGCAGGUCGCACGGCAGCAUCCCGAAGACCUCUCGCGGUUCGAGUACAUCUGCCCCCUGUGUAAAUCGCUGGGUAACAUGCUACUGCCCGAACCCGGCGUGAGCCCUCUUGGUGAGUCGCCCUUUCGCCAGGCGCCACUCGGUCAGGUCGAGCAGACGAACACGCCUCUUGCAGAAUGGGUACGCAGCGUCAACAUUUCGAUUCUCAAGCAAUCGUCAGCCAACACGACUGCACGCACCGACCACCAAGACGCCCUGCUUGGCACCGGCCGAUUCCUGCCUUGGCUUGUGGAACGCUCUGCACAGCCGCACAACCCCGACCUGGGCUUAGGUCUAUUUGCGCCAGACGAGUGCCAUAUGCUUCAGAGGUACACUAAUGUGUUACAGCUCCUCGCAGACGAGACGGCCGCGGCCCGUAGUCGCGACCACCAAGCCACCAUAUUGCAUGCGUCAGGCGAGCUGCACGACGUGCUGUACAUCCCUGAUAAACUCGUGGCUUACACGCUUGCGCAGCAGGAGAUUGCCCUCCGCGGCGUGCCACAACCCAUCACGGAGGCGAUCACGCCAUCACAGCUAAAACUUGUGCAGACCAUGCUGGACGCGCUGGGCGCCUCGAUGCGUCUCACGCUCCAUAAUACCAGCGGGACGCACAACGGCGGCAUUGACCUGCUCCGCCAAGGUCUUUUGAAACGUCUUCUCCCCUACUGGGUCAGCGAGCCUGCUGUUCGCUCGCCGCUCCUUCUGCGCGACCCUCUAGGUGUGCUUGUGGAAGCAGCCGUUCUGACGCCUGAGCAGCUCGCGCCCAUCACAGGGCUUCUGUACUAUGUGCAGAUAAUUCAGUGCGUCUUUGGACUGGCACAACCUGUGUCCACACCCACCAAGCAUGCGUCCAACGCGCCAGAUCUCGACGAGGCAAUACGCAUUUUCCCCUACGCACGUUGGCUUGCCACGAGCAUCAUAAGCCUCGUCGGCUAUGUGAGAGGCAACAUGACACUGGGCUUUGAUCAGAUGAACGAUCGCGAGCUAGCCAAGGUCAUGUGCUUGUAUACACUGCCAUUCUUGCGGCGCGCCGCUAUCUUGCGCCGUGCGUUGUCCGGCGCUAUUCCUGCGGCCCCGACUAAAUCAGCCGAUGCAUCGACCGAGUAUGAGCGUCUUCUGGCCGAGCUGCAAAUUCCCGCGCCUGCCUUGGCCCUGCCUAUGCACUCGCAGUCAAACGAGCUGAUCACCAUGCUUAUGGAAGGAUGGACGAAACAUGCGUAUGUGCACUUUGCACCUCUAUUCCGACCCCUGCCGAUCCAACCCGGCCUGGCUCCAAGCGUGCCCAAUCUUGUAUUGGAGCACCCGCAUAUCUACGAACUGCUUCCACUCCAGCGCGACUUGACAGAGCUGCUACAGCAGACCCAAGAAAGGAAAUGUCCCCGCUGUGGCACACUGCCUCCGACCUUUUCCUUGUGUCUAUUCUGCGGGCAGGUGCUGUGCGAGCAGUCGUACUGUUGCAGCGAUCCGGACGAUGAAUCACGUGGCGAGUGCAAUCAGCACAUGGAGCAGUGUGGUGGCCGUGUUGGCAUGCAUUUCCGUGUCGGCAGCAACAUUGUGGUGCUUUUAUACCAAACUAAUGGCGCCUUCUCACCCUCGCCAUACCUGAACUCCCAUGGCGAGGUAGACCGAUACCUAUUGAAAGCGCGACCCCAAAGGCUGCAUCUUCAACGCUACGAUGAGCUGAGAAAGCAGUGGCUCAUGCAUGGCCUUGCCAAUGUGGUGACGCGGCGCAUUGAGGCUACAAUCGAUCAUGGCGGAUGGACCACGUUCUAA